AUCGAUUGUGUACUUUUUGCUCGUAUUAUUAUUGCAUGGUGUACGGACGUGUAGUAGCUACACAGUACUGUGCGUGGAAGAUUGAUCAACAACUAACACUGAAGACUUUCUUCGGCUUCAGAAUGGGCCACAAUUUCGCCCAAAUACUCCUACUUGUUACUUUGUACCUCCACACAUUCUUGGCAGGCUCCUUUGGAUCACAGAGACAGGGAUGUUCCAGGGAACCAGGAGAUUUUUCGGUGCCUAAACGGCCCGGUGACAACGGGUAUAGGAUUGCCAUUUCGGGACAUCCAGCGUUUUAUGUUCCGGGGCAGGAGUACUUGGUCACCCUGAGUAGUACUCCACCAGUUUCCUUCCGUGAGUUUACCUUCGCCUGCCUCCUUGUUGCAGAUGACACUACCCCGGCCGGACAUUUUGAGAUUAUUGAUGAUCGUCUGACUCAGACGGCGCAAGAUUGUCCUCAUGUUCUCAUGCAAGGCUCCAAAGUCUCCAAGACGUCUGUCACCUUCAGAUGGAUCGCUCCACCAGCUGGCACUGGCUGCGUCAACUUCAGGGGUGCGGCUGUGCAGAAGAAACAAAUUUGGUACAAAGACGAGCAAGGCUUGACAUUAUGGCUGUGUGAAGAUGAUGGUACCGGGUCGGACUCUGUCGAGUCUGGUAACGUUGAAGAUGAAGCUGACGUUACAUGCUGCGCUUGUGACACAGCCAAGUACACAGUGAGCUUCCGUGGCCUCUGGUCUCGAGAUACACACCCAAAAGAUUUCCCUGGAGGUCAUGGGGAUCACUGGUCUGAUCUGAUUGGUGCCUCACAUACAAAGGACUAUACCAUUUGGAAAUACGGGGGUUAUGCUUCCCUUGGAGUUCAAAGAGUCGCUGAGUGGGGAUCACCAACGACCCUUGAGAGAGAACUACUGGCACAGACCAGGAAUAUCAAGACAGUUAUUCGUAGUCGAGGGUUAUGGCCGGCACGCGGGAACAUGUCGGCCGUGUUGAGCACAAACCGCACCCACAAUCUGGUUUCUAUGCUCUCCAUGAUCGGCCCCAGUCCAGACUGGUGUGUUGGGGUGUCCCGUGUCAACUUAUGCACUGAGGAUUGCGAUUGGCUGCAAUACAAGGAGAUCAACUUGGGACCGUGGGACGCAGGAACGGACAGUGGAAUCACCUUCAGGUCAGAUAAUGCUCCAACUAUACCCAAAGAGCCUAUACAUCCGAUCACGAGUUCCUUCCCGUCCAACCCUAUGGGUGCCUUCUACAAUCCCAUGGGCAGGCCGAUUCCUCCCCUGGCCAUUCUGGUCCUAGAGAGGACAGAUAAGAGACAGUAUGAUGACCUAGGAGAAGUUGUCUGCGAUAUUGAAGACGUCAUUAGCCACGACUCCUCAUCAAAUACAGGUGGGAUGCCCCCGAAAGAGGGUAUGAUGCCACCCAAAGAGGGAAUGAUGCCUCCCAAAGAGGGUAUGAUGCCCCCAAAAGAGGGUAUGAUGCCUCCAAAAGAAGGUAUGAUGCCCCCAAAAGAGGGUAUGCCAUCCCCAGAUGAAGCGACAAUGCCUCCAAAAGAAGGUAUGAUGCCCCCAAAGGAGGGUAUGCAACCCAAGCCGGUGAUGAUGAGCACGCCCAUGAUGAAGAAACCCAUCCCGGAUGAGGUCUUUACAAUGCCUCCUAAAGUCAUGCCAAACCCAGAUGAAGAAACUCCAGUUACAAUGAAACCCAAAAGAGGAGGGAGACAGCCCAUCGACUGUAUGAUGACGGAGUGGGGUGACUGGUCGGAGUGCUCUCGUUCAUGCGGUAAGGGGACCAUGCAGAGGCAGCGAAGGGUGAAGCAGAAGGCUCGGUUCGGCGGUCAAGCGUGCGGUCAACAGAAGGAGAAGAAGAGGUGCAUGGAGGCAGCAUGUGUCCGUGACUGCAUGAUGUCUGAUUGGCACGACUGGACCCCCUGCAGUGUCACCUGCGGCAAUGACGGCACACAGCAGAGAGUACGAGGCAUCAAGAAGAAGCCACGUGGUGGUGGCGUGAAAUGCGGACCAACGCGAGAGGAACGUGUCUGUGGAUCGUCCGUCGAGUGUUAAAUCACGGCCACUCAAAAUACUGGGGCCAGUUUCAUAGUGCUGCUUUACGGUAAACUGUGGAUCAUCUGUCGAGUGUUAAAUCGCAGCCACUCAAAAUACUGGGGCCAGUUUCAUAGCGCUGCUUUACGGUGAACAUAAUUUUCGUGCUAACUGCAGCGGAAGUAUUUUCUUAAGCGUAAGCGUAUUAGCAAGGAAAUAAGGCAGACUCCUUUCAUGUUCGUCGUCCGUCGAGUGUUUAAUCACAGUCAUUCGAAAUUGGGUCUCUCAAGAUACUGGGGUCAGUUCCAUAGUGCUGAUUGACGGUAAACAAAUUUUCGUGCUAACUGCAGCAAAAAUAUCUUCUUAAGUGCAAGUGUAUUUCACAGGGAAGCAUUGAAAUUAGGCGUACAGCUUGUGCGCUCACUAUGGUUUUGUAUGUAUGUUACAUCAUUUAUUUUCAUACAGUAAGCACCCGAGGUUAAUAUGCCCUUUUUAUUCGCCUUGGUUAGCAGCGCAAUGAAAUGGAAACUUGUACAGUAAGCUGCUCUAUGACAUUGGGCCCUGCUAUAUCUAAGGUUAUGUCAGCAUAACCAACAAAGAAGGGAGUUUAAUUGAGCUUUGUGCACAGAGACUGUGCAGCUUUUGUAUAAAGUUCAUUUUUCCUAACCAUUAAUAUUAAAAUACAAGAGUGUUAUGUUUUUUUUUAAACAUAGAACCUUUGUAGAGCUCAACAUAUUUCAGUAUUAGUCUGGUUUUAUUAAUCAAUAUCAGUUGUUGUUUUACCAAAGUUUGUAUAGGUUUACUUUGGUCUUCAAAUUUGCAACUGAACCAGUCACCCAGACCACAAGGUCUCCUACAAGGAUUAUAGGGUUCAUGGUUUUUCUGUUUUGGGUUCUCCAACUUGGUACACCCUACCAUCUCAAUCUGGAAUGCCGUAUCUCUUAAAAAGAUUAAGGGACUCUUAUUGGUAUUGAUUUCUGUUGUUUUUCUCAGUGCUCUUUAAACCAAUAGCGCUCUAUAAAUUCAUAUUAUUAUUAUUUAUCACAAUUUUGGGGGUUGAACAAAGAAUUGACUAGUGUGGGAUUCGAACCAACG